AUGGGAAAAGACUUGUAUACCCGGUACCCACAGUCGGCAAAGCAGGUCUUUGAUGAAGCCGAUGAGGCGCUUGGUGGAAACCUGGUAAAAUUGAUCUUCGAGGGUCAACAGUCCAAGCUGAAAUUAACCGAAAAUGCUCAACCUGCUAUUCUUACAACGUCUAUCGCGAUUUUGAGAGUGCUUGAACAUGAAUUAGAUUUCGAUGUUGCAAAAGCUUGUACAUACGCUUUGGGCCAUUCUCUGGGAGAAUACACUGCCCUUGUAGCGACCAAGUCCAUUUCAUUGACAGACGCAGUCAAAUUGGUUCGACUUCGAGGUGAAGCAAUGACAAAAGCUGUCGCUGAUCGACAGGGCCAAACCGCUAUGUCAGCAUUGGUUGUGCGAGGCGACCAUUUGCCUGAACUGGAAUAUAGUAUGGAUGAAAUCAGAGCUAGUCUGCCACCAGGUGAACUAGUAGAACUGGCCAACAUAAACAGUACAUUCCAAGUUGUUAUUAGCGGCACCAGCAAAGGAGUGGAUGAGGCAUCUAGAAUAUUGCAGAGAAAAGGAUUUGCCGCUCGGGCUGUUGAUCUUCCUGUAUCAGCUCCAUUUCAUUGCAGUUUGAUGCAGGAAGCAGCAAAUGCUAUGGAGGAAGCACUUAAAACCGUGGAAAUCAAGAAGCCUAUCGUCGAUAUUGUCUCCAAUGUGACUGCAAAACCUUACAGUAAUCCUGAAGAGAUUGCUAGUUUGUUGGUACAACAAGUGACAUCAACCGUUGAGUGGAAUCGCAGCAUUGAUUAUUGUAAAAAGCAAGACAUUGACGAAUUCCUUUGCUUCGGUCCUGGCAAGGUUCUCGCUAAUUUACUGAAGAAGGAAUACCCACUGGACAAGAUACGAUCCAUCACCACUGCAGACGAUAUUGACGGACUAUACGAUGAACUCAAGCUCAAAAUUGACAAUUCGGUAUCUCGAACGCAAGAAAACUCUUCUAAAUAG